UUUGAAAGUUUUUAUUUGACAGUUACAGGGGGAGUGGCUUGUGUCAGUCUUGUGACUUUAUUUUGAAACAUUUGCUGCUGGACAGUGAAUUACAAAGAAGAAGCACAACACAUCAGCAUUUUCGGUCUGACUGUAUAUUACUGAGAUUCCGUCCUUAGACAUUUUGGAUUAUGACAGAAGAAAGUGACAACAAAAUGACUCAGUGCAUUCGGGUCUGUGUGUCUCCUGCCUCCAUGCAGCAGCUCAUCAGCGUCUGGGUGCGGGACCCACGGAUACAAAAGAAUGAUUUCUGGCAUGCCUACAUAGAUUAUGAAAUCUGUUUACACACGGACAGCGUGUGUUUCACCAAGAAGAUCUCGAGUGUGAGGAGGAGGUACAGCGAGUUUGUUUGGCUCAGACAGAAACUGCAGGAAAAUGCACUGCUCAUGAUCCGGUUACCGGAGCUGCCCCCCAAAAACCCUUUCUUCAGCCUCAACAACGCCCGGCAGAUUACUGAACGAAUGAAAGGACUCCAGCGGUUCUUAGAAGAAAUCCUUGGAAGUCCUCUGGUGCUGUCUGACAGCUGCCUGCACCUUUUCCUGCAGUCAGAGCUCAGCGUGUCCAAGAUUGAGGCCUGUGCUGCUGGAAGGACCAACUACUCUGUGGCCCAGGCCGUCCAGCGCAGCGGCCUGAGGAGAUUCCACUCAGUAGAGGACCUGCAGAAGGACCUCAGCCUGUCUUGUGACUCUGACUCAGAUAGGUAUUGUAAUGCUGGACUUUCCCAAACCCUUUCAAGGAACUCAGAAUGUAAAGAUCCAGAGCCCAAGAUGAAAGAUUUGGCAACUAAGAAACCUGACAGCACUCCUUCUCUUGAUUUGUUGGGGGCCAGCCAGGAGGAAAUGCUCAGAGUCUCAUCUGGUUCUUCAUGAAAACAGUGUUCUCAUUCUUCUGGGGGGAAACAUGCGAAAGGCUAUCGACUUCUACUCUGCAUUCCACUUUUGAAACUGUUGGGGGGGGCUGCACUGCAUCGUUGCACCAAAUGACUUGAUUACUAGUAAGUAAUAAGUCAGGUUGUGAGAGUAGUUUAAGAUUCAAAGCAGAAGAGUACAUAGUAUUUAAAAUGCUGUCAUUUUGAUGUUUAGUUUUGUCAAUAGUUUUCAGCAACAUUUUUCCUGAAGGUGGCAGUGUUGUCUCAGUUUCAUAGUGCCUUAUGAACACACGCUGCAGUUGUCUCUACCUAUAUCUGCUCCAUAAACAAACUUUACAGAAA